GUGCGCAUGCGCGGAAGUGUCCUCAGGGGUUGAACACUCAGCCGCACAAUCAUGGUGAGGAAUUAUAAAAGAAAGACAAACAGAGCGAGCACAGCUCCUGACACCAUGCUGAAGGCCGUCAGGCAGGUGCUGGUAUUCAAGAAGAACAUUAGAGCUGCAGCUGAAGAGUUUGGCAUCAAUUAUCGGACACUUGCCCGCUACUGCACAAAAAUCCCCCGAGAAGAGGUCGAGGGAAAUGCAGAUUAUCCGAGCUGCACGGUGGGCUUCACUGGUGCAAGACAAAUAUUCAACCCAGAACACGAGACGGAACUGGUCUCCUACAUUUCAAGGGCAGCCGACAUUUAUUAUGCGCUUCCACCAGAGGUGAUCAGAAAAUUGACAUACCAGCUGGCAAAGCGGCACCAACUGCAAAUGCCGUCAUCAUGGAGAGAAAAUAAGCAAGCCAGUGCAGAUUGGUUUGCCGCCUUUUUAAAGAGACAUCCCACGUUGUCCGUCAGGACACCUGAACCACCAACUCUAUUGAGAGCAAGCAACUUCAAAAGAAGCAAAUUUGAGAUGUUUUUUAGUAAGCUGAAGGAGGUGAUGGAGCACCACAGUUUCAAACCUGAGGAUAUUUGGACCAUGGAUGAGACGGGUGUCACCACCGCCCAAAGACCUGAUAGAGUGGUGUCUAGAAAAGCCCUCACACAAGCAUCGGCUGAUAAGGGACCGCUUGUUAGUGUGUCUUUUACCAUCUCGGCCAGCGGUAAUAUGAUACCACCCUAUUUUGUUUUCCCUCGGGUGCAGUUCAGGCAGUACUUCCUCACCGGUGCACCCAACGGAAGCGCUGGUGGUGCCAAUAUGAAUGGUUGGAUAGGGGAGGAAUUGCUUGUUGACUUCCUAGAGCAUUUUAUUCAACAGUCCAAAUGCUCCCCAGAGAAGCCCUGCCUCCUGCUCCUUGAUAGUCAUGUAUCAAGCCACUGGUCCAUUGAGGGGCUCAGUCUUGCAAAAGCAAAUGGAAUAGUUGUGCUCUCUUUCCCUCCACACUGUUCCCUCCUACAGCCUCUGGAGCGGUCUGUUUUUGGCCCAUUUAAGAAAUGCAUCAACAUGGGCAUUGACAGUUGGAUACUUAGAGGUCCAGGGAGAAGAGUUACCAUCCAUCAUAUUCCAAGAAUUGUUGCCACUGCCUUGCCCCUGGCUGCCACCCCAACCAACAUUACGGAAGGGUUCAAGGCCUGUGGCAUCUUCCCCCUGAACCCAAACAUUAUUGAAGAAUCAGAUUUUGCUCUCAGUUUUCUUAUGGACUCUCUCUCUUCUGCAUCCAAUGGCUCAACAGAUGCUCACCUUGAGGACGACUACACCCAUGACACUCCUGAUCAUUCAUUGUGCCCUUCUGUAGAGCCUUCAACAUCACUCUGUGAUCCAGAGCCCACAACAGAUGAUCGACAGCCUUGUCAAAGACAAACAACACUGGAGAGGGACAACUGUCAUUUUGAAUGACUCCCCUCUGAUUAGAGUGACUUGUCUUAACAAAUAAAAAGAGGGAAGCUGGAGGGAUAAAGGCUGCAACAACAAGAACAAAUGUGCAAAGAUGUUGUUGCCUUGUUUAUGAUGAAUCUAUCUCAAAUAGUAAACAGAGAUGUGUCUGGAUGCAGUGUGUUUUUUUGUCUUUCAACAUAUGCCACAACUGUGACAUAUCUCUCUCUCUCUCUCUCUCUCUCUUUCUCAUACUUUGCAUUCAAUUCAUUAAUUCCAAGCUCUGUUGCCCAAAACUUUCAGUAUUUUUGCAUUUUUAUGCAUUGUUUUGUUACGUUACAAAAAUAGUUUUACUGUUUAAAUUAUUCUUGAAGUCAUUAAAUAUGACACAUUUUAAACAGAUAUGUUGUGGGACAUGGCUUUUUUUUCCAGACAAUGUUUCUGAUUUUAUAAACAAAGUCAUUCUACUCAAAUCAAUGUUAAUAAACAGCAGGUUCCCUUCGUGACGGCUACACAAAAUAGUGUGACAACAUACCAUGCUGUAGUGGUCAACGUGUCUUAAAUUAACUGUUGUUUUUCCUGGGCAAUGGCAGUACACAUUUUCAGUGGUGUUUUUUUGGAGCCAAUACUAAAAUUGAAUCUCUUAAUAUGUUAAAAUACUUUCUACUAUCUCAGCUUAAUAUGCAUGGACUGCUAUAAUUUAGCAAUUUGUAGACAUUUUUCCCCAAACUGUAAACACUGUCUGUGGUGCUAUAAAAACUUCGCUUGUCUAUCCUGACACAGCAACAUUAACUCGACCCAUGGCGUGAGUUUGGGGCGGGACUAUCUGCUUGUUUGAUCAACAACAGAAGUGGGAAGUGUUCGAAAAAGCUGUGGGAAAGUUUUUUCUUUUAGCAAUUCUGUUUGGUGAUAUUAGUGGCACAGAAAUUAUACACAUCAGCUUUAAUGCAGGUGUUCAUCCCAAAGUUGACUUUUAAAUAUAAACCUACUCCGAGAAAUAUUCACUGGAGAAAAAAGUGUGACAACUUGCCCUGGUUUCCCAUAUUUGUCCUGCUACAAAAUGAAACUGAAUAAAUGCAUUUAUAUCAUCUCUUAAUAUAGAUAAUUUCUUUAACAGCAGUUCUUUGCAGAUCCAGCUGCUAUCAUAUUACAUAGACAACAACAUUCUGCAUGUCAGACCAUUAUAAAUGUGUCUCUUAAUGAUGUCUUUGUGUUCAGAUGUUCAUCAUGAGAGAGCAGGUGGAUCUGAUGUGCUGUAAAUCAGUAGGAACUGAUCUGUCCAUGCUGGAUAUUGAUGAUUUCAUGACAGAAAUCUCUCAGCUGAAGAAAGAGGUGGCGUUACUGGAGGCAAAGCUGAGGGAAAGAGGAGAUCCACUGAACGGAGAGGAGCUGGAGAAGGUUUCCUGUCAAUCUUCAGUGUGUGUGACUGAUGGGACCUCCACAGAAUGUCAGGAUUCAGUGUGGAGCGUCAGAGAUCAGAGAUCCAGAGACACACAGGACUCAGAGCUCAGCCUCACUUUACUCUGUUAUACUGACGCUCAGGAGAGUGUGUGUGACAGUAAUCAGGGUGAUCAAACCUCCACAGAGUCUCUGGCUUCUGUCUGUAACGCUGGAGAACAGCAGAUGCUGCAGAUACCAUUGAAGAUGUGUUCAGUGAAGCUGCUGGACUGCAGGAACCUGAUGGAGAUGAGAGGAGAAACCACAGCAGAGGAACAGCAGAGUGAUGAAGAUGAGGAGGAUGGGUAUUUUAUUCUGUCAGAUGCAAUCAGUGGUUCAUCCUCCGAUGGAGAAACGGCUUCUACACCGAAAGAUCAGCUGUCAGUUGCACAGAGUCUUUCCUGCAUCACCUGUGAGAAGACAUUCACCUCAAAGGGAUUUUUAGCAAGACAUGAGAGAAAACACACAGAGCAGAAAUUCUUUAAAUGUAGGAGAUGUGGGAGCAGAUUUUCUACCUUACAAGAGAGGAACCUUCAUUCAAGAGUGCACAGAGGAAAGGGGUUCCACUGUGAGCAGUGCGGGAAGGUUUUCUUUAUUCCUUCUCUUCUGAAAGUUCACAUGAAGACACACAGUGAUGAAAAGCCUUUCCACUGCAGUGAGUGUGACAAGUGUUUCAAAACUAAAGGAAACCUUGUUGAACAUGAGAGAACACACACGGGAGAGAAACCAUACAAGUGUCCUCACUGUGAGAAGAGAUUCGGCCACAAGCCCCAUCUGAAGAAGCAUGUCCGUGUGCACACCAAUGAGAGGCCGUAUCAGUGCAGUGAAUGUGGGAAAACCUUUAAGAGGUCAAGUGCUCUAAAGACACACACAAAAUGUCACACUGAUCAGAAAUCGUAUCAGUGCUCGCACUGUGAGAAAUGUUUCCAUACAAAAUAUUGUCUCCAGUGCCAUGAGAGAGUGCACACUGGAGAGAAACCGUACCUGUGCUCGCACUGUGGAAAGAGCUUUUCUGACCUUCAUACAUUCCAGAUUCAUCUGAGAGUGCACACGGGAGAAAAGCCUUAUAAGUGUAGCAUUUGUGGGUGGAGUUUCAGUCAACAAACUAACCUAGUGAUGCACCAGAGAACACAUACUGGAGAAAGACCUUACAAAUGCACUCAGUGUGACAAAACAUUUGCUCGAUCAGAUGUCCUUAAAGUCCACGAGAGAAUGCACACUGGAGAGAAACCUUACAGCUGCUCUAUCUGCGGGGAGAGAUUCACUUAUUUAGGGAGUUUAAAUACUCAUCAGAAGAAACAUUUGAAAGAACAAACUGACUUCGAAUCACUGUAGCAUCUUGUCUCAGUUUAUCCAGAAAAGCUGUCAGGAGUAUCUCAUUGAAAAGAGAUGAAUAGAGUUGAAGUAGUUUGAGGCUGCGGGCCUAUUGUACAUAUUUAAGUCUCGAUGUUCACUGAACUAAUGGUCUAAAUCUUUUCAG